UUUAUAACGGGCUCAGCAGCAAGCAAACGUCCGCUCAGCUUGUUCCUGAUCGUGCAUGACAUUUUGGCAUCGAUUGACUCGAUGAAAAUAAAAUGGGCCCGUAAUUAUACUUCUUCCCUCUAUAUCACCUAAUCUAUUUCCUUCCCAAUGAUCAUCUUUACUUCUCAAGAAGAUCGUAUGGAUAGAGAUAACAACAAUGCCGGGAAAUGCGGGACCUUCGAAUUGGAACGUUGAUUCAUCAAACGUUGACAAAAGAGUAAAACAGAAAAGGAAUCGAAAAGCAAUGAGUUGUACGCAAUGUCAAUUACGCAAAAUAAAAUGUGAUAGAAAUGUGCCAGGCUGUAAUAGCUGCGUCAUUCGUGGGAUUGCGGAUUUGUGUAAAUGGGGCGAUGAACGUGAUGAGGAGUAUGCGGGAUCGUCUUACCCUAAGAAAGCGGAACAAGCAAAGCUUGAGAACGGAUAUGACGAUCAACACAGCAGUGACGAUCACCAAAAAGACACCAGCCAAAGCAACGGAAAACGGACAGAUAAGCGAAAACACAAAAAGAACCACAAACGACAAUCAAACGAUGACGUUGGUCUGAUCGUGGAAACAGUACUUAAGAAACUUAAGAGGAAAAGGAGAAAGUCCUCAAGUGUUACCGAAUCGGAUAUUGAUUCUAUUUCUGACGUUGAAUCUGAGUACGAAGAGAAAAAACCUAGAACAUCAUCUACCAGACGCAAUAGACCUCGUAGAUCUGGAUCCUUAUCCCCUCGAGACGAUCGAACACCUUCGAUGCGAGCAUUGGGCGAUCUGAGAGAACUGUUGCAUUACGAUUUACAUCCUCCACCAAACAGCAUCGCAAGGAAGUUAAACAUGACAGCAUUUGAAGGAUUCAUGAAGGAUUGGAACCCAUUCUUCCCUGCACCGUUCGAACGUGAAACACGAGUGCACGUCAAGUGUUUGGCAGUCUCUUUAACACGUUUGCCAAGUCGACAAGUUACCGAAAGAUUGAUCAAGAUGUAUAUGGAAGAAAUGGAACCCAUUCGCGGGAUCUUCAAUCGAACUCUUUGGGAUAGACAAAUGUCAGAAUUCUGGAACGAUUUAGAUGGUUUAGGAUUAUCAACCGGAGAAUUUCCCUCUCAAGCCAUCACAUGCCUUCUUAAUAAACCAAUGAGCGACUUUUACGUUUCAUCAAAAGCGAAUGCGACUGACAAAGAUUAUGCGAUUUGUUCUGUGCCGAAUCAAAGCAUGAUUGCGUUGGUUUUCACAUUGGUCGAACAAAGUGCACGGUUUUGCAAAUUGGAAGAAUUGAUCUCGAUGGGAUGUGUACCCCGUGGUGCCACGGAGGAGGACGUUGCGAAAGGCUGUCAACUGCUAGCAGACGCAGCAAAAUUUCACUCGAACUUGUCUGAAUCUUUGUCAUUGCCAACGCUUUGGUCGGUGCAGUAUUUGAUGUUGAACGACUUUAUAUCUUCAACAAUGGUCAACCCUACCAGGUCCGUUUUUCAAGAUAGUCGGACGGGUAUUGCUGUUUACGGACAACGUGCUAAUUCGGCCAUCUACAGUGCUGUUAAUCUUGGCUUGAAUCGGUUAGGAAGUGGAUAUGAUGAUGCGUACAAAUUGAUCUCUGAGAAGAAAUCUCGGGAAGUCAUGGACAACGAGCAAAUCGAGUCAGAUGCAGAGGAUCUCAUCGUUCCUUCUCUUAAUGCCGAUAUCUCACAAUCUGAUAAAAAGAUCAUCAAUACAACGAUGAGAUUCGGAUCAUGGAUGACGGAAUUUGACGUUGAUAUAUCAUAUAGGGAAUUAGGUCGUAAGCUAUGGACGACACUCGUCACGAUGGACUGCUUUAUCAGCAAUCACUUGAAUCAGUAUCACACUAUCCAUCGAGGUAUCGAUCACACAGCACCGCCUGCGCCAGUGGAUGAUCAGGAUUUACUGUCUCCGCAUGCAGCAGAUUUGAUUUUGCAAUCAAAUCCGUCUUCUUCCAUACCAAAACAAAAUACGGUCGUAUCAUUCUCGCUCGCGUUUGCAAGAUUGUCAAGGGUGAAAGUCGAAUUGGAAAAUGAAAAAGGUGCUCCUCUCCCCUACACGGAUAUUUUGGAUUUGGACGAUCAGUUCCAUGCUCUUUUUGAUCGAUUGCCAGGAUAUCUUCAAAUUCCCGCUUUAUCCGAAGAUGGUCGAGAUGCUGUGAGUGCGAUGAGAUUGCGAUCUACGCAAAUGUCCGAUAUCCGACCUGGCUCAACGCAAUCUGAAGAACGCUUUUAUACGUUGCAACGUUCUGUGCUCAACGAUCAGGCUUACUUUCGCCUCUUGCAUGCUCAUCGAUCUUAUUUGGGAAAAGGCAUCAAAGACCCGCGAUUCCGUCGAUCAACUUUGGCAUGCUUGGAAGCUGCCUAUGGUAUUUACGAAGCUCGAAUUGACUUGGAAAAAGCAAAUUCUUUGUUACAGAUGGCAACAUUUUUGCAAAGUCACUUGGUUCACUCUGCUCUAACGUUUCAGCUCGUCUUGCUUCAUGAGAUGGAAAGAUGGAAAAUCGCAAAAGAAGAGCAUGAAAAGAAGUCAAAUACGACCCAAUUCAUCUAUGAAUAUGACCUUGCAGAUAUUGAUGAGACAUUGGAAAAGUUGAAUACAUGUCUAGGACUUCUAAGGAACAGGGCGGAGUCUAUCAAAAAAUUGCAAGAGUUUAUGCCAGGAUUGGAGUCAUUCUUAAAGGGUGCCAAAGUACGAAGAGCCGCUCAAUUGCGUGAAAUCCAGUUGCGUGAGGGUCAACGGCGAGGCCCGAAUAAGAGGAACGGAAAAGGUGCUUCCGUUGAUGAGAUAGCAACUGAAGAUGGAGGACGUCAGCCAUACAUGCAAAGUACACUCCAGCAAAGUCAAAAGGAUCCAUGGUACAAAUCUGUUCUACCUUCAAUGUCCCCGGGAAAAUUCAACACUGGAUGGGCGGGAACGUUGGAUCAAUACAGAGGAGAUAAUCGACCUUUGCCUACUUCUGGAACAGAGAUCAAUCAAUCUUUGUUCUCAACGGAUAAUCCUUGGCCAACACCUUUGUACAUAAGUCGCGAAAAUACAAGUGUUGAUCGUUCGACUUUACCUACAAGUCAUAAUCAAACUUCAGUCUCUUCUGGUUCGAUGAUUGAAGCAUCGCCAAGCGAUGGUACAACACCUUCUUUGGAUAUGUACGAUCCAUCUUUAUGGUCUUUGGAAAGUUUGUUUCCCAACUAUUACGAUGCAGGCUUUGAUUUGAUGGCAGCUUUGGAACAAGAACUCAUGAAUGGAGGAACAACAACUGCCGAACAAGCUGUCAAUCGACCUAAUGGAGGACAAACUUAUCCUAAUUUUGCAUUCACACCUUCCCAAUCAUCGUAGAAAAAAGGAAAGGAAUUGUAUUUUUAUUUUGUGCAAUUAAUAAACCACCACUUGUUCCCACAGAAUGCUUUGAUAUGAUGUCAUAUUCGCUGAAAAGCCUAUGUAUCUGAGUGUUUUCGGAUCCGCAUGUUGAGAUCCGGUGCCUUUACUCGUCUAUCUGAUGCAAUCACUCUCCGCCUUGGGACGAAAACGAAGGCUUCUGCUGACCUCGCCGCCGCCUUCAGAAAAGCCGUUAGCCCCCUCUUAAUUCUGUAAUGUUAUCGAUUAAAUAUAAGAUACACUAUCUCUAUCGCACAUAUCUUUGCAUGAACCUCUUGUGGAAUUCUGAUCUGGUCAAAUCGUUAACGAAUCCAUUCUUAUCGCCUCCUUCAUUGCCGGCAGCUUG